AUGGCAGGGAGAAAGCAACUUUCAUUUCAAGAUAAACUUAACGUUAUUAAAGAUAUUGAUGAUGGAAUGAAACAGAUUGAUGCAGCUAGAAAAUACGGAUUAUCUCAAUCUACAGUUGCAACGUUUCUAAAGAAAAGAAAACAGAUCGAAGAUACUGUAAGUUCAAAUUUAAUUAAUCCAAAGCGUAAACGACUAAAAGUCGCAACUAAUGAAAACAUUGAUGCUGCCGUCUUAAAAUGGUUUCAAGAGAUGAGAGCAACAAAUAUCCCGAUAAAUGGGCCCUUGUUAUGCACACAAGCACGUAAAUUCGCAGUAAUGCUAGGGAACGAAACUUUUAAAGCUAGUAAUGGUUGGCUAAUGCGUUUUCGGGAUCGACAUGGAAUAACUUUCCAGGAAGUUCACGGAGAGAAAAAAUCUGCUCCGAUUAACGAAGCAAAUGAAUGGAAGCAAGAGAAGAUGACAGAUAUUCUUCAAAAGUAUAAACCAGAGAACGUUUAUAACGCAGAUGAAGCUGGGCUGUUUUUUCAACUCCUUCCCGAUCGAACAUUGGCAUUUAAGGGUGAAAAAUGUUACGGCGGAAAAAAAUCAAAGCAGAGAUUGACUGUUCUUCUGUGUGCCAAUAGCACAGGGACACACAAGAUUCAACCUCUUGUUAUCGGCAAAUCAUUGAAGCCGAGGUGUUUCAAGAAUGUGAAAAGUCUUCCCGUGGAAUAUAAAGCCAAUAAAAAAGCUUGGAUGACUUCUAAGUUUUUUUCUGAAUGGUUGUUGAUGUUAGAUAAAGAAAUGAAAAAGAGGAAGAAAAAAAUUGCUUUAUUAAUUGAUUACUGCACCGCUCACACCUCAAUUCCAAAACUACACAACGUCGAAAUCGUUUAUUUCCCGGCCAACUGCACUUCGAUUUUGCAGCCACUCGACAUGGGAAUAAUCAAGUGUUUCAAAGGAUACUACAGGAAGCGUUUGGUUGAAUCGAUACUUGUCAACAUCGAAAAUAAAGUAGAAGAUCCUUUUAAAACUGUGAAUGUCAAGGAAGCAUGUGAUAUUAUUGCUGGUAGUUGGUGGGAGGAAAAAAUGGGUAAAACAUAUGGUGUUAACGUGGAGGACUAUUUAACUGCCGAUGACGAUCUCACAAUUUUCGCAGGAGUUAGUGAUGAAGAGAUUAUCUCUGAAAUUACGGAUGAAAUGGAAAAUAAUGAUGAGGAAGAAGAUGGUGAUGAUGAUCCAUGUGUAUCACAGUCCGUAUUGUCACCCCUUGAAGCUCUUCAAUCCGUGCUAUCUAAUACUAUUGUUAUAAUUAUAAAUACUACAUACAGUAAUACAAUCCUAGAAACUUAA